AUGGAUCGUUGUACUAACAUUUACCAUUUGCUGGGUAAUGGUAAGAACUCAAUGUGGCCGAUGGAACUUAGAAGAAGUUUCCCUUGGGUUAUUUGGAGGUUAUGGACUAACAGGAACCUGUUACUUUUUGAUGGAAAGCCCUUCGAUCCAGGUAUUCUGGUGGAAAAGAUCAAGAGUGAUGUGGAAGAAUGGUUUUUGGCGCAAACUGUGAUUGAAGAGGAAACAAAAGUCUUGGCCAGGGAUCUUGUGGAUCAGAAUGUGGCAGGGGAAGUGAUCUCAAGUGUGUUGUGGAAAGCCCCACCGAAGUUUUGGGUCAAGUGUAAUGUAGGUGUGUCCUGGUCUAAAAGGAACAAAUUGGCGGGAGCAAGUUGGGUGACUCGAGAUGAUAAAGGGUUAGUCUUACUUCACAGUAGAACAACUCUCGUGAAUCUAAAAUCUGCAGAGGAAGGAAGUUUUUUGGCCUUGUGCUGGGCUAUGGAGAGUAUGGCGAGUCAUAGAUUUCAGAGAGUUAUCUUUGAAGUUGAGGAUGUGAUUCUUGUUGGAGUGGUAAACCGUCCCCAAGCAUGGCCAUCUUUUGGGUUUGAAGCUUCUGAAAUUCUGCUAUUACUAUCAGAUUUUGUGGAUUGGAAAGUAGUGAAAGGAGGAAUGGAAUCAAAUAGAGGAGCUAAUCUCAUUGCUCAAAGUGUCACCAAUGAUGGUAGGUUUCAUUCUUAUGUGGCUUCCCAUCAUCCUCUUUGGUUAAAUGGUGUGUUUGAAAGUGAGAGAGUCUCUUCCUCUUCUUGA